AAUUAGUGUCUUUGUUUUCAAAGCUUGAAAGAAGCCCUUUAUUUAACUGAAACGACAUGAAGAUCCCUUACGUCGUUUCACCAAAUACUCGUAAUGCAUAUGCCACCGCUCCCCUGCUGCAUACAUCAUUGGGUGAAAGCGGUCGCAAGUUGGUUCCUGAAGACUUUGAAUGGGACGACGGUUUUACUCCGGCACCUCUAACAUUCUACGCAGCUUUGGCACUUUCACGAAUCUUUCACCGAAUUAAUCCUCUUCACAGAAUCCUUCAAAAAGAUGUCGAUAUACUUAUGGACUUAUAUCCUGCAACUAUACCAUUAAAAUUCAGUGUCCCUUACAUAAAGGAUGAACAAUACUGGAAGCGAUCAUUCUACUCAAAAUUCCCGGAACGCAAAGAAAUUGGUGUAUCGUUUUGGAAAGGAAAAUAUUUGUCUGCUUGUCUUCAAGAUUACCUUGAAAAUAUAAAGCCUGAUAUUUUUAUUGAAGAAGAUGCGGUUGUACUGGCUUCUCUGGUGAGUCCAUACAUUUACGAAUUAAGUCUCAAUCAACUGCAAAUGAUAAGACAACCAAAACCAGCCUUGCCAUCAGAGGAAGUGGAAGAUACGUGCGAGUUUAGUGUUACUAAAGUUUACGAUCAUAUACCUUUGGAACCAGUUCUAAUGAAAUUAUACAACCUUCAAGAAAUAUCUUUAGUAUUUGGCAUCAAUAACUUAGCUGAAGAGUAUAUGACAAGGUAUUUUGAGUUCUCACUCGCUGACUGUGAGUCUCUUUGUCGAGGUCUUGAGUACCUAACGAAUUUAAAAACAUUCCGCAUCAAUCGGAGUAAUCUAGAUUGUUCUAAAGUUAAAUUGAUUCUUCAGAAUCUAGUGAAAAAAGACUGUAUAGAAGAAUUAGACUUUAAUCACUGUAAAAUCGGUGACUACGGUAUGAAAGCUUUGGGUGGUUUUAUUUUUAUACAUAAAAACGUGAAGAGAGUAAGAAUUGCAAAUAAUAGAUUUAAAGAGGUUGGUGUGCAAGGAAUUGCGUACGCUUUACAGAUGAAUCCAGCUGCGCCAAUUGAACUUUUAGAUUUUAGCUUAAAUCCCAUGUCUUUGGAAUGUGCAACAAUUUUUGCGGCAGCUUUCGUCCGAUGCAAAGAAAAACCGCAGACGUUAAUUGUCAACUCCUGUGGAUUCUCUGGAGCUUCAGCUGAGAAGAUGGCUGGAAUUUUAAGUCUUAACCGAGGUCUCACCAGAUUGGAUAUGGCUGCCAAUAAUUUAUCUGGGGAAGCCGAAACAACACUUAUAAGUGCCUUGGAACAAAACAAGAAAGUGCUGAGGGUCGAUCUACGAAGAACACAUAUAUCUGACGAAACACAAAGAAAAGUCGAUGAGCUGCUGGAACGCAACAGAAGUCUAGUUGGGCAAGAAACUGAAGCGAGUGAUGAAAUACCACCACUGUUUCUUAACGAACCCGAGUACCUUAUAUGGGAAUACAAUCCAAAUAAUCCUGAUUAUAUUCCUGGUAGGUACCCAACGCGAGUUCCUGAGAUAUAAUUAUUAAAGUAUCUUGGAUAUGUUCG